AUGGUGAUAGGCUAUCGACUCUCAAAGUGGAUCGGACCAUUGCAUUGCCAGCUCCACUUCACCCUCUUUUGCUUCCUGACCAUCGCCACGGUGCUGGGCGUCCAGUCCUCCUAUCCACAGAGCAGUGAAUGUGUAUCCGGCAAAGGAAAGGGCUGCUUAGACCUCUCAGAGAAGAAGAGCGACCUGCGAGUGUGUGAUUCGACCACGUGUCGUUACGGGGGCACCUGCCGAGAUGAUGGAGCGGACCUUAAAUGCGUGUGCCAGUUCCAGUGCCAUAAGAACUAUGUCCCAGUGUGCGGUUCAGAUGGAGACACUUACCAGAACGAGUGCUACCUGAGGCAAGCUGCAUGCACCAAACAGAAGCCCAUCUCAUUGGCCUCAGAGGGCCCGUGCUACCCGGAUAGCAGCUCUGGAUCUGGAGAUGGAGAGUACGACGGCUCAGGCACGGACUCGGGGAAGAAACUCAGUAAAUGCGGCAACUGCAAGUACGGCGCGGAGUGUGACGAGGACUCUGAGGACGUGUGUAUGUGUAACAUUGACUGCAGUGGACACAACGAGAACCCUGUCUGUGGAACCGACGGGAACUCUUAUAACAACCCUUGUCACGUGCGCGAGGCCUCAUGCAUGAAACAGGAGCAAAUCGACGUUAAACACCUGGGCAGGUGUCCUGAUAAAGGGAAGAAAGUGGAUGAUGGGAACCCAUAUAAACCUGACCUCUCUGAUACACUUGACUCUGUGGAAGGGAAGGGUUAUGGGUGGAGCUCCUGUACUGAUGACUACGCCCAUUUCUGCGUGCAUGGCCAGUGUGAGAUGAGAUAUGGUGUUGCGUCUUGUCGAUGUGACUCAGGCUACGCAGGGCUCCAGUGUGAGGAGAUUCAGGACUUUAACAUUCUGUAUGUGGUGCCCAGUGGGCAGAAACUGCACUACGUGCUGAUUGCAGCUAUCAUCGGAGCCGUGCAGAUCGCAGUCAUUGUCGCUGUGGUCAUGUGCAUCACCAGAAAAUGCCCCAAGAAUAACCGUGGACGUCGACAAAAGCAGAACCUUGGACAUUUUUCCUCAGACACGUCCUCCAGGAUGAUGUAG